AUGCCGAGGCAGAAACGGCCCCCAUCGCCCACCUACUCGCGCGAGCUGCUGCGCCGCCUGGCCCCGGUCUUCACCGCCCCGGUGCACUUCUGCGCCACGCCGUUCGCGCGCCACACCCGCCGUCUGGAGCUGCGCGGCUCCGUGCUUCUUCUCUUCGCCCCCUCCACCUCGUCGACCUCUCUGGCCGACGCGCGCCUGGUGCGCCCGCUGUCGGCGUCCGCGCCGCCCGCGCCGCACGCGGCGACGGCCGUCGCGCUGCCGGGCGUGGCGCGCCGCCUGUGGUUUUCCUCGCGCCGCGCGCGCGACGCCUUCCUGUCGGCCGCCGCGCGCGCAUGCGCGGCCGCCGCGCCGGACCGCCUCCGCGGCCUGUACACCGUCGAGCGCCUGCUCGGCCGCGGCGCGUCGGCCGCCGUGUACCGCGUCGUGCGCAGGAGAGACGGCAGGCGCCUCGCGCUCAAGGCCAUCCCGAAGGCGUACGCGUUCGCGUCGGACGCGCAGCUCGACAAUGUCGUCGGCGAGCGCGUCGCGCUAGCGGAAGCCGCGCGACGCGACGCCCGCUUCGUCGUCCGCCUGGUCGACGCGUUCGAGACACCGUCGCACCUGUGCUUCGUCACCGAGCUUGCCGAGCGCGGCGACCUAGGGGAGUACAUCCGCCGGAAGGGCGGGAAGCUGCGGGAGGAGGAGGCGAAGACGGUCUUCGCGGAGCUCGUGCUCGCGCUGGAGGAGGCGCACGAGAUGGGCUUUCUGUAUCGCGAUAUGAAGCCGGCCAACGUGCUCGUGGGCGCCGAUGGGCACGUCAAGCUCGGCGACCUCGGGCUGGCCAAGCGCGUGGAGAAGCGCGUGGAGGAGGACCAGUCGGGGAGCGAGAGCGAGGAGGGGCGCGCGUGGCGCCUCGUGGGAAGGAGCGAGAGCUUCGUGGGGACGCGCAAGUUCAUGGCGCCCGAGGUCGUGCGCGCGGGGAGGGGAAGGGGGUAUGGGGCGUCCGCGGAUGUGUGGGCGCUCGGGGUGACGCUGUACCUCAUGGUGACCGGAAGGUACCCCGUGGGCGGGCGCGUGCCAAAGGGUGACUGGCGCGCGUUGGCGGAGGCGAUCCGCGAGGAGGAAGUCGCGUUUCCGGAGGGGAGCGUGGGCGAGCUGCUCGAGGGCAUGCUGGACCGCGACGCACUGGACCGGUGGGACCUGGGGGAAGUGAAAAGGAGCGAGUGGCUGGGCGAUGUCGACUGGGAGGCGGUUGGCGAGGGGCGUGGCCUGGAGGCGGAGGGGGAAGUGACGGAGGUGGGGGAGACCGCCACUGAGAUCGAGGAUGCCGGUACGGGGCUGGAUAAUAUGAGCUUACUUGGGUUCGGGUACGUCGCCUGA